ACAAACCACAAACUAAAGAUUCUCUCGAUAACAAACACUUCUUGACACUGUCUUCCAUCACACGCCAUGAUGCCAAUGAUCUCGUUCCGCCAUUUCUCCGCAGCGCCUUCAUCGUCGUCCUCGUCUUUAUCAACCUUGAAGUCCUCGAGAAUUUUUCUUGCAAAAUUGUUUCUGGGAUUUUGUCUUGUCAGCCAAAUAACGACGACAGCUUUCGGUGGCGAUGAAGCUCAGCCCACCCUUGCUUCGAUACGGAGGAGCCUGAUCCGGCAAGAGGACACCAUUGUUUUCGGGCUCAUCGAGAGAGCCCAGUACCCAACCAACUCCCCAUUAUACAACCAGACCUCUUCCAGGUUUCGGGGAAAGCUGUUCGAGUACUUCGUCAAAAGAAGCGAAGCUCUUCAAUCCAAGGUUGGAAGAUAUUUAUCCCCUGAGGAAGUCCCUUUCUUCCCAGACGAUUUGCCCCGACCAUUAUUGGAGCCAAAAAGUCACUGGAUCGAACGGUUUUUGCAUCCCAAUACCGUCAAUGUAAGUCAUGAAAUCUGGGAUGUGUAUCAAGGGAAGUUGCUUCCACUCUUGGCCAAAAAGGGUGACGAUGGAAAUUAUGCAGUUACGGCUUCUAGUGACUUACAACUUUUGCAGGCACUCUCUAGAAGGAUUCAUUGUGGAAAAAUUGUCGCUGAGGCUAAAUUCAGGGAGAAUCCAGACAAGUAUAAAACAGCUAUUCGUGGUCAGGACAAAGAUGCUCUAAUGAAGCUGGUGACAUUUGAAGCUGUUGAAGAAAAGGUGAAAAAGCGAGUGGCGAAGAAAGCUAGGGUGUUUGGGAGAGAAGUGACUCUCGACCAUACAGAUAAUUCAACAGAAACCUACAAGGUUGAUCCCCCACUAGUUUCUCGAGUUUAUGAAGAUUGGGUGAUGCCCCUAACUAAAAAAGUUGAGAUUGAGUACCUUUUGAGACGACUUGAUGAUUAAAAUUUGGAAGAAUAAUUGUCAUAUAUAAAGAAUGAUUGUUUAGGAACUUCGAAGGUUCUGUCCACUUUAAUUUGUCACUAAUUUAUUUUGCAAAUAUAAUGGAUUAUCCAA